UUCUCAGAUUUAAGGGGGGAGGUUUGGAGCAGCCCGGACUCUCGUUGUUUAACAGCAUUGCUCCGCCAGGAUCGGUCCUACUUUCUAGGAUUCAUUUAUGUACCACUUUUGUUAGAAUAUAACACUGAACGACAUUUCGUUUUCGGAUAUUUUGUUAGAGUGAGUUGAACAACUUUAGGAUACAGUUUUCGGAGGUGAGGGGACUUGAGUUCAUCGCGAGUUGAGACGUUUUGGGAUAAAGGGACUACCAAAACUACCGCAUAGGCUGCACUCGCCUAGUUUGUUCGGAUCUGUUUAGGUUAGCUAGGUAAGAUAAAAGAAGCCUGUCGCAGAGGAAGUCAGAACCCAACGCUCUGAUUUAAAAAAAGCAAACUUAACGCUAUAAUACAUGGAGUUUUUUCCGCUCCGUUGAUUAUUUGGGGUUUUAAGGAGUGGGGGACGCACAUUCUUUUCUUCUGUCGCACAGGUUUGGCAAAAAUAUGCGCAAACUUGUUAGCCAAACGCUGAUAGUUUGGAGUAAGUGAGCUUCGUUAACGGGCCACACAUUUAAGUCUGGAUAUACAGUUUUUCGGGAAGUUUUUUUUUUUGCAUCCAAUCUCAUCUCAGGAGUCUUCCUUAUCUGACCAACACUGGCUGUUUCACAGCCCCCCGCCAGUAAGUUUAGCACUGUGAAUGACCCGCUGCUGAUGCCCCAAAGGUCUGAAUGGAGUUCCAGUCGCAGAAAAGCCAACAGUUGUAGCCCCCUCAGCAGGAUGCUGAUGAGGCCAAGUAUACUUCUGUUUCUGGCUUUAUUCGCCCAAGUUUUAAGGACCCAGUGCCGGCCUGCCAAUACUGAUGAAGUCUCUGUGGAAACGCAGGGAGAGCUGUUCACGCUCUAUCUUGGGGAACGUCUGGAUCUGAGUUGCUCUGCCAGGGACUCCUUCCAUGCUGUCAACUGGACCAAAGACCACGUGGCAGUAGUGGAUGGAGAACACACACGCAUCCGCAACGGCCAGCUGGAGAUCGAGACUGUGGAGCUGACAGACUCUGGUCUGUACGCAUGCACCACCUUCGGCAACCACACUGUCUACUUCAAUGUCACAGUUGAUACCCUGGCCUCAUCUGAGGAUGAUGAUGAAGAUGAAGAGUCUUCGUCAGAGGAAGCCAAACUGUUGGGCAGUCAAAAACUGCUGCCAAUGGCCCCACGAUGGGCUAAUCCAGAAAAAAUGGAGAAAAAGCUUCAUGCUGUCCCAGCCAGUAAGACUGUCAAGUUUCGAUGCCAGGCCAGCGGAAACCCAACUCCCACUCUGAAAUGGUACAAGAAUGGCAAGGAGUUCAAGAGAGACCAUCGCAUUGGAGGCUUCAAGGUCCGUGACCAUGUGUGGACCAUCAUCAUGGAAUCUGUAGUACCUUCUGACAAGGGAAACUAUACCUGUGUGGUGGAAAACCAGUACGGCAGCAUCAAUCACACAUACCAGCUAGAUGUGGUCGAGCGCUCCCCCCACAGGCCAAUCCUGCAGGCUGGCCUGCCAGCUAAUCGCACCGCUGUGGUGGGCAGCGACGUGGAGUUUGAGUGCAAGGUGUUCAGCGACCCUCAGCCUCAUAUUCAGUGGCUGAAGCACAUUGAGCUCAACGGGAGCCGAGUUGGUCCUGAUGGUUUGCCGUAUGUCCGUAUCCUCAAGCAUUCUGGGGUCAAUAGCUCGGACGCUCAGGUGCUGACCCUCUACAAUGUGACUGAGGAGCACAGCGGAGAGUAUAUAUGUAAAGUGUCCAAUUAUAUAGGAGAGGCCAAUCAGUCGGCCUGGCUGACUGUCACCAGAUAUGAGCCCACAGCUGUCCCGCACUAUCCUCCAGCCAACCACACUUACCUGGAGGUUGUCAUCUACUGUGUGGGCUUCUUUUUCAUCGCUGUCAUGAUUGCCAUCGCAAUUAUUGUCAAGAUUCGCACCUCCUCAAAGAAGAGUGACUUCAACAGUCAGCUGGCCGUCCACAAGUUGGCCAAAAGCAUCCCCCUGCGCAGACAGGUAACAGUGUCUGUGGACUCUAGCUCCUCCAUCCACUCUGGAGUGAUGCUGGUUCGUCCCUCCCGCCUGUCUUCCAGCGGAUCUCCAAUGCUCUCAGGGGUGUCUGAGUAUGAACUGCCCCAGGAUCCCCGCUGGGAGCUUCCCCGGGACAGACUUGUUCUCGGAAAGCCACUGGGUGAAGGCUGCUUCGGUCAGGUGGUGAUGGGAGAGGCGCUGGGUCUCGACAAAGAGAAGCCAAACCGUGUGACCAAGGUCGCAGUCAAAAUGCUGAAAUCUGACGCCACAGAGAAAGACCUGUCAGACCUGAUUUCAGAGAUGGAGAUGAUGAAGAUCAUUGGGAAGCACAAGAACAUCAUUAAUCUGCUGGGAGCCUGUACACAGGAUGGUCCUCUGUACGUGAUAGUAGAGUAUGCAUCCAAGGGCAACUUGCGGGAGUACUUGCGAGCUCGCCGCCCACCGGGCAUGGAGUACUGCUACAACCCAGACCAGGUUCCUGUGGAGAACAUGUCAAUCAAAGACCUGGUGUCCUGUGCUUACCAAGUGGCCCGAGGCAUGGAGUAUUUGGCCUCUAAAAAGUGCAUCCACAGAGAUCUUGCCGCUCGCAAUGUCUUGGUAACAGAGGACAACGUGAUGAAAAUAGCUGACUUUGGCCUGGCAAGAGAUAUCCACCACAUUGAUUACUAUAAGAAGACCACCAAUGGUCGUUUACCAGUCAAGUGGAUGGCUCCCGAGGCUCUGUUUGACCGGAUAUACACGCACCAAAGUGAUGUCUGGUCAUUUGGGGUGCUGCUUUGGGAGAUCUUCACCCUGGGAGGCUCUCCGUAUCCCGGCGUCCCAGUGGAAGAGCUGUUCAAGCUGCUAAAGGAAGGUCACCGUAUGGACAAGCCCACAACAUGCACUCACGACCUGUAUAUGAUGAUGAGGGACUGCUGGCAUGCUGUGCCCUCUCAGAGACCCACAUUCAAACAGCUGGUAGAGGACCUAGAUCGCUGCCUUGCAAUGACAUCCAACCAGGAGUAUUUGGAGCUGUCAGUUCCUCUGGACCAAUAUUCCCCCAGCUACCCGGACACCCGCAGCUCCACCUGCUCCUCAGGCGAGGACUCUGUCUUCUCCCACGAUGCUGGAGCUGAGGAGCCCUGCCUGCCAAAGUUCCCUCCCCACUCCAACGGAGCAGCCAUUAAGAAACGCUGAUACCUCAUCUCCAUUCAGACAAGCAUUGACAGUUCCUCCGCUUCCUGCCUCAUGGGGUUGGACUCUUCCCCACAUUCCCAGAGAUGAAGCUAAAAAAACAAACACUGGUGCUCUGUGAGAAAGGAGCUUGGAGACACCUCGUAGAACUUGUUGGAUCACAUGGACUGAAGAGUGCAGCCGCUUCCCGGUUCUUGGUGGUGACGAUGUUUAUGGGGCACUUUGUAUUAACGGGAGUGGCAAUUUGUCACAGUGUCAGAAAAAAGAGAAGACUCCCACUCUUCUCUCCACUUUGGGCAUUCCACAGGUCAGGAGAAUCGAAAGUAUGGAUUAUGAUUAUGUCAGGUUUUUCUUUGUUUUGUUUUUUUUCCCUCCAUGGUUGUUUCAUCAGUAGUGAAGGACAAUAUUCUGCUUUUCAGACCAAAUCCAGAGAAUAUACUACCAAGGGACAUGCAACUCCGUGAUCCACUGCAUCAUUCACUCUCUUUUUGUAAAUACAGUUAGAAAAUUAUAAAUAUGAAUAUAUAUUUACAUUGUACUCUUAUUUUUAUUACCAUAAUUGAUUUAUUUUCUUUUGUACAAGGAUGCUUUUGUUUGAUUUUUUUUUUUUUUUUUAAUAUAGUCUGUAGGGGCAGUUGUUACAUGAGAAUAUCUUUAAAUUGCUGAGGAUUACAUGGCCAGUUUAAAAAAAAAAAAAAAAAAAAAAAAAAAAAAAAAAUAUUGCUGUAUCACAGCUUUGAUUCCCCUAAAUUUACUGCAUAAUCAUCGAUGGAAAAAUAUAUAUUGGGUUUUCUAUUUUUUAACUGUAAGUGAUUUUCAUGACAACCUGCAAUACAGUGUAACUCAGUGUUUGGGGUUUCUCUCCAUCAGAAGAAAUGGAUUUAUGAAAAUAUUUUGUGUCUGUGUGUGCGACUGUUUUUGUGUGUGUGUGUGUGUGUGUGUGUGUUUGUGUGAAAUCUUAUCUUGUCUCAUUCAAGAUUGUUCAUUUACUUCAAGGAUGGUCACAACUGUAAAUAUUCCUGGUUGUACAUCAUGCAAAUCCAGAGUAAUUUGCUUCAGUCAACAUCAUGCACUUUCACUGUGCAUGCCUUCCGUGUGAUGAACGUAUCUUCUACUGUAAAGGCUUUAACAGGCGUUACAUUUGCUGCCAUAUAACUUCUGAUGAAGGGUCACAGAACACGUAUGUCAUCGUAAAAGGAUUACAUUAAAUAAAAUGCUAUCGAAAUACCA